AUGUACUCUGGUAUACCCCGCACCCCUCCAGAGGCGCCUUUGGAGGUGACUGAGAUAUCUGAAAGGAGCCAAAGUUCUAGAUGGCUAAGUCGCGAUGAUCGGAUUCGCAUUUUGACUCUACGAGAUGCUGGUUUUACCUAUCAACAGAUCUCUUCUCAGCUUGGAUUUACCUAUCGUCAGGUGCAAUAUACCUGCCAGAAUGAGCAAUCUACUCCUCGAAAGCCUCCUGGCCAGCGCCCGAAGCUAUCAGAAGAGGAUAUGGACAAUAUCAUUACCUUUAUCUCUUCAUCACAACGUACGCGCCGACUAUCUUAUAAACGAGUUAUUGAAGAACUAAAUCUUCCCUGCGGAGAAACUGCACUUGCUCGAGCACUUAAAAAACGAGGCUAUUCCCGAUGCAAAGCUCUUCGAAAGCCACCUUUAUCGGACGAUACAAAGCGUACUUGGGUUACUCCAGGCUUCCAUACCAGAAUCUGGGUUACCAGAAGAGCAGGAGAAGAGCUAGAUGAGACCUGUAUUCGUUCGUCUACCCCCAAAAAGCGUGGUUGGAUGUUUUGGGGAUCAUUUUAUGGAGAUACUAAAGGCCCUUGCCUUUUCUGGGAGAAAGAAUGGGGCUCUAUCAAUGCAGAGAGUUACUGUGAGCGAAUUGUGCCUAUUAUUGACGGCUAUCUUCGCCUGAACCGACAGCAAGGUAACUAUCUUUGUCUUAUGCAUGAUGGAGCACCUGGCCAUGCCAGCAAAGAUACUAUAGCAGAGCUUCAUGAGCGUAGUAUCUAUCCUAUUAGUUGGCCUGCCUUCUCCCCUGAUCUGAACCCUAUUGAGAUGGUAUGGAACUGGAUGAAAGACUGGAUCCAAGAGAGAUAUCCAGAUGACCGCCAGCUAUCUUAUGAUGCCCUACGAGAAAUUAAUCCAAAGGAGUCAUAUCCUUGCUUCAGCAACCGGGGACAACUCCGGCGGGAAAAAGUUCUGCCUUCCAUGUCCAUCAAAACUGAGUUGGGUACUGAGUCAAGCCCGAGCCCAGAUUCAAUUCGAAAUAAGGUUGCCAUAAAGAUGUCGUGCAUUGAGUACGGAGUUGAGAGUUCGAUCGGCUCCAUUCGAGGACCACCUUCAAGCCUAGCUGGCCUAGCUGCCACUUCUAUGGAGAAGGAAUGCUUCUUUUACGGAAUAGCCUCGAGCUUAGUCUUAAUUUACAACGGCGAUUGCGAAGUCGUCUAA